GAAGAGAGAAAGUAGUCGGACGCAGCGAAGGAAGAGAGGUAGAGAGACGAACACCCAUAUCUCCGGCACACACACACAUAUAUAUAUAUAUACACAACCGCACUCACUCACCUAUCCCGCGAGGUGUGUGCUCCUUCUUCACCUCUUCAUGUAUUUUCGCUGUUCUCAUCCCGCCGUACAUCCUUCCUCAUACACAUCCGUUGUCUAUUACUAUUAUUACUAUUACUAUUAUUAUUCUUGGUUUACGACUUCCAUUCAUAGAGGUACCUGCUUACCCUUGUGUCGUACGUACGCACUGUUGCCGAGCUGUGAUUUCACUCGAAGGUGAUUUCUUCUCUUCUUCUCCUCUCCCUCCGCUUUUGUUUUUCUCUUUCCCGGAGCGUCACGGUAGGAGUGGAGACAUACAUAUAUACGUCAGGGUGUGCGCUUUACACGCACCGUUCAACAAGAAAAAGAACAAAGUAGAAGGAAGAAGGUGAGCGCGUGUCAGCAACGUAGAGGAAAAAGGAGAAGCAGAACACAUGAGCAGCAGGGAGGAGGACGGCGACGUUCGCCACCCAUGUAGCGCCGCCACCGCCACCGCUGCAGCCGCGAGAAGCACCAACAGCAGCAGCGGCAGCAGCGGCACCGGCAGUCACGACAGAUCCCGCCGCUCGGCCACGGCGUUCAAGUCGGCCAGCGCUGGUACUGCGUCGUCUCACACGGCGCAGCAGCGUAACAACCCUUCCAUGACGGCCACGGGUGGAGGGUCAUUCCAGACGGGUGCGUCGGCGCCAGGGAAUGAGGCGUACACCUCCGUGCACCCUGCACCGGCGAUGACGGCGGAGAGGAGCCGCAAAGGGCGGGGCACGCCGUCAGCCCCGCUGCACCAGUCAUUUGAAAAAAGCCUCAAUGUCCCCCCUCGAUGCGGCUGCGUCUGCGGCUGCAGCCUCGCCCGACGUGCGCGACACCGUCGAGUACCGCGCCGCGUGGGAUUUAGAGCUAUGGAAGGCUGUGCAGGUGGAUCGCUUCCGCAAGCAACUGGAGAGGCAGAAGAAUGCCGCACUCGUCCGUCUGGAGUCGGCGAUCCGGCAACGGGAAAAGGCGGCGAAGGUGGAGCUGGCGCGGCGGGCACAGACCGUCACGGCCCGCGAGGCGGCAGUGGAAGCCGCUGAGGCGCACCUUGCGGCGCAGCAGAGCAGGCUGGCCGAGAUGGAGAAAGAUCUCCGACGCACGCGGCAACAGCUGAUGGAUGCGCAGCAGCGCGUCGAGGACGAAGUACGGGCGCAGGUGCGGCUUGCCAACGACACCAUCGCACACCGCGCACGUCUGCUGGAGGAACGCGUAAACGCGGCUGAGUCGCAGGCGAAGCGCGCUGAGGAGCGCCAGCGACGAGCCCAACAAGACUAUUUGACUCUCUACGAAGCUUUCAGUCGAGCACGGUCCCAACAACUCACCUCUGCCACAACGAACGCCAACGAUCUCCUCGGUGUGUCGCCCUGCACCGGUGCCGGUGCCUCGACGGCGAUGCAGCUGGGGCAGCUGCGCGCGCACUGGGACGCGGAGCAUCAGCGGCAGCUCGACCGCGAGGAGCAGCGGCAUACGGCGGAGGUGGCGGCCAUGAAGGGGUGCUGCAGGGAGCUGGCGGAACAGAACCAUCGACUCACGGCGGCGCUCGCAAGACGACGAGAACAGCUUCGACGGGUGCAAAGCACUGCAUGUGCUGCAGCCUCAGCUGCUGCGGCGGCAACAAAACCGUCGGCGUCGCUUGCACCUGCGAUGCACACCACCACCGGCGAGACGCCUGAGCCCAUUACACGGGAGCUGCAUCGGCUUGCAAUGGAACGUAUUUCGCUGGUUGACGGCAGCAGCGGCGCGGUGCGUGAGACCGACGCUGUCAUUGUGCGCAUGGACUCCCGCAUGCGUGAUUUGCGCCAACAGCUGGUUGCUGCCGGAAGUGAUAAUACUCGCGGCGACGGAACAGAAUAG